AUGUCCGCUCACAAUGAGGCCGCGCUGGAUGAUGGCCAUUAUGCAUCAGUGUCAACCCAAGACAAGCCUAGUGUCUCUCUAGUGACGAAUGACGAACCAGCUAGUGCAAAAUUAGCAGUUGCUCCCCUACAGGAUGGUGGCCAGGUAGAUUCUCAGCAGAAAGAGAGCGCCAGUAUAAACGAAAAUCCAAUAGCUACUGCUGCUGCUGAUAGGGAACGGGCCAUCAAGGUCUGGCAGUCACUCGAGACUGAAGACGAUGUCAAAGAUGCACUCGGACGGAUGAUUGGGCGCGUAGAGGAGCUGGCCAGCAUGCUACGAAACUCUUUGAAAGCUCAGACGGAACUAGAGAACACGCUCACUGUGACUCGUUCAAACCUCGCAUUAGCACUCUCUAAUACAGAGAUGCUGGAAGAAGCGUUGAAGAAGGACGCCGCUGGUCGUCGUCCGGACGUCGGCUGGGCCCGUUCAUCCUCACCGAUGCCCGGUACAUUCCCUAGCACAUCUAGUCCUUCUUCAGGGACCGCACAUACGCCUAUUCCUAAAACUGGAUUCUUCAAAUUUCUCCGGGGAGAAACAGGCGGGAAUGCGGCAACAUCACCCGUACCACACCAUGUCCAUAAUAUCAGUACUAGUAGCGCGCGAUUACACACUCCUAAUUCGUCCAUCGAUAGCCCGACCGCUCCCUCACCGGUCAAUACGCGGGGACCAAGUGGACUCACGUCGCCAUCUAUGCCAUCACUACACAGUGGGAAUGGUGCUGGAACUGGAUCACGUGGCUCUUCCAAGCGAGAAGAAGAGCUUGCACAGGCGUUGCAACGGGAGCGUGCCAGUACGAGCAAAGCAGUCCAGGAGAAGCAAAAGCUCGAAGAGGAGCUCGAGAGUCUAAGCCAGGCGCUAUUUGAAGAGGCAAACCGUAUGGUGGCUACCGAACGCCAGCAGCGCGCGCAAAUUGAGGAAGAAUUGCAAAAUGUCCGUCAAGAGCGCGAGGCACUCAAAGGUGCCUUGAAGAUUGUUGAAGGAGAGAAUGCGGUCCUUCGGACCGGCGGGACGUUACCUAUAAGCACGCAGGUCCAUGAAGAGGCAAUGCAGAAAGAUCGUCCACGGGCUUUGACGAUUAAUACUGUCAAAAGCAUUGACAAAGAAGACGGGAAUCUAGUCAUCGACUUGUCGCAAACGCCAUCUACAUCUGGCAUCAACGCUCCUGACACCGUAGGGCAUGAUUCGAUCGCUUCGCCUGUCGAGACUCGCAACUCCCGGAAACUUCAGAGUGUAGAAGAUCCGCCGAAGCAGAGUACCACCAAGCCGGCUGUGCGCGAAUUCGAGUAUACUCAUACCAUGCGCGGAGGAUUGUCGUUUGGUAUUUGA